AUGCCGGUAAAAGCUAUGUGGAAAUCAUGUAAAUAUGACAAUGUAGAAUCCAAACUAAGAGAAUAUUUAGAAGUUAAUUUUCCUAGUUCAACAGGAGAUAAUAAAAAUUCAAGAGUUUUUUCAUCAAGACCUCUAUCUAAAUCUGACAGUGGCAUGAAUUUAAAUCUCAGCAGUGCUAAAAGCAACGUUGACUUUAUAAAACUGAAUGGAUGUGCUGCCAGAAAUACUGUGAGGAGGUGCCCAAGUACUCCUAAUUUGAAAGAUUCAAGCAGAAGUUGCACACGUGUCAGUCAUCAAACAAGGCAAAUACCUCAAUAUUUGAUAGAAAGAAAAGAAGAAUGGCGACAAGCUGAAGAGACAAGGAGGAGGAUAAAUGAAGAGAAAUUAAUUCCUGCUGGUCAAAGGCUGAUGUCCGAAGAUGAUGGCAUCUCUACACUCCAACAGACCACCAAAAAGAGAGAAGACAUCGUCAAGCAACUGUCGCACCUGCCGCUGAGGAACGACACAAUGAAGUUGCAAAAACUGAGGGAGGACUUGGAACAAAAGCUGGCGAAGUUGGACGACGCCGUCAGAAUAUUUUCCAGAAGUAAAGUUUCUGUAAGGAUGGAAAGAUGA